AUGUCAUUUAUAUUUAAUAAAGAAACGUUUGAGGAUAAUUCAUUCAAUGAGGUGAUGCAAGAGAAGUUGAUGAGGGCUUUAAACCCUGAUAUGGGGGAUGCAGCGGGAUUUGGUGGGGGCAGUGCGGGGGCGGUAGGAGCGGGGGGUAUGGAAGGGGACGGAGGAGAAGGGGGAGGGCGGGGCAGAGGGGCCGGGAGAGAUGGUGGUGGAGUACGAGGACAGGGAGGAGGUAAUGGGCAGAACGUGAAGAGUGGGUUCAGUAAGGUUGAUAUUCUGAAGUCCGGGAUUACGGUGAAGAAUGUUGAAUUUCCCACGAUACCUCGGCUUGAGAUCUUGGAUUUGGAUGUGUCGACGCAAUCGAAGUCGCUUAUUAAAGGUAUCUGCAAAGUGAGUUGCAGGGAUGCGAUGGUGCAGAUAACAACGGAGAUAGAGGCUAAUUUGUUGUUGCUGCAUGCAAACAGUUCUCCGAAGUUUAUCAUGCCGAAGCUUAUAUCGAAUGAUUCAUUUACGGUUCCGAUUACGAUGACGUUUGAUCGGAUACACUUGGAGGCAAUCACAAACAUAUUUGUGAAGAGCACCGGGGUUGGUAUUUCGUUCAACGAUGUAAACUUGGAUUUCAGGCUCCAGUGUUCGAUCAAGCUGUUGCAGACGAGUAUUGAGAAGCGGUUGAAGGCUUCGAUGGAGGAAGUUUUCAAGGACGUUUUGCCCAGUGUGAUAUUUAAUAUGUCGCAACGGUGGUUUACUCAUGGGGAGCUGCAGGCUCCCACUUCGAACAAGUUGGAAGUUAUUUCUCAGUCAGUACCGCAGCCUAAAACGAUAUUGGAUGAUUCUGAUUUGACAGACUUGUCACCGGCAAAUAUGUUACGGUUAUCGACUCUAGUGUCUUCCAGGCAGACUUUGUGUUUGAAUCCAACGGCGAUAAAUACGAUUUCCACAAUACCUGGAUGUCUCGAGAGACAGAAUUUGCAUAGGUUCAAUCUGCGUAUCCCAUCGCUAAAUAACUAUUAUAAGGAAGCCACGGGCACGCGCUUGGAAGAGAACGUUGCAAACCAGGAGUUAUGGGGCAGGUCUGCUAAUACUCCGAUUUCCGCCCAGUCAUCGUUUAAAAUUGAAAAUACUUUGCCGCGCGAGGUAUUGGAUUCGAACUCGUAUGAUUUGAGAGUUAUCGCUGCUAUACAGACCAAAAUAUACGAAAGAACCGGCGAGGAUACUCCAUUAAGAAGAAGAAAGAUCCGAGUAGGGAGAAAGAGACCACCCAAAAGCGGAUCCAAGGCACCAAACUCACCAGAAACUAGCAGCAGCAUUGGGUCAGCUACACCUCUUUCUCCUCUAUCUCCAUCGACGUCACAUGAUACAAUAACAAACACAAAAAGAACAUCAGAACCAACAGCAGGUGCAGGCGCAGCCAUGGCAGACACAAAUAUUCUUAACCCUACCAAGAAUAUUGACGAUAUAAUUGAAGGUAAAACAGCGCAGCCAGUAUCUGCAGUUAGUUCAUCAUGUAUGUCCGGCAGUACAGUCACCGAUUCCGCGGAAGCUAACCUAUCUUCACUAUCUAACAUACUACCACAAUACCCACAAAUAUCUACUACAAACUUACCACUAGGAAAAAUAUAUUCGCAGUUGAAUCUCCUGGAUGAUCCUUACUUCCACUUACAUCGGCGUGAUCUACAAGAAUUAAGAACGUUCUUGUCGUCUCCAAUUCGUGGCAGCAGAUACUACGUAGUUCCCCAAGUCCUGGCAGACUCCAAGGACCCCCCUGCAUUGCUAUCCGAUAACGGGAAACGCUUUAGCUUUGUUGGCAUAAUGAACAACCAAAGUUGGAAAUGGGGCAAUGACCCUCCUCCUCCAUAUCGUGAAGUGCUUUCAACGAACAUCAACUAA